UCUUAAAGCACCAGUGCACUUUUAUAAAUUUCCUAAAAAUUUAUGAAGGUACCCAUGUUUUUUAAUGCUACACUCCUUCAGGCUCAAGCUUCCAAUCGUUGGAGUUCAACAGAAAUAUUAUAAAAGCUCAUACUAGUGCAGUAUAUUACGAUCCUCCACAAAAUUUUCAAUCUCCUUUAAUCAUUAAUUACGAUCCUCCACAAAAUACGUAGAGUACACUCAACUAAAUCCAUUUUUUAUCGAGUACCCUGACCCUACCCUCAACCUUAUGCAUGAAUCGGAAGACCCUCUCAAAGUCCAAGAAGGGGGUCAACCAAAUACUGGUGAAGAGGGGCACGCGAACAUUAGAGAGAAACUAAAGGUCAAGCUCGCCGACGGUACCAUCUCCGAAGUGAAAUGCAAUUAUUGCAACAAUGGAGCAAAUCUGGUGGGUUUGGAACCUAUGAUCGAAAGGCAUACUGACUCAAAGCAUGCAGGUCCUAAGCUUGUACGAUGAGUAUUUGAGUAGAUACGGCCCAUCGCUUGGCGUGCCCCAACCUUGAACUCAAGGUGGAGGUUCGUCUUCUUCAAAUAUGCUAUCUCGAGGCUUUAGUUUAUGAGCACAAGCAACAAAAAGGACCUGAUCUGCUCCAUCUUAUACAACGUUGUCCAUGGUCAAUAUUCAUUUAAGCGUGGGUUUUGUAUUUCAAGAUCAAGGAGAAGAAAAUCAAACACGUCUAGAUUUGUCACAAUGGUGGAAAGAUCAAUCAAAGAACUUCCCUAUUUUAAGCAUUAUAGAUUUAUAGCAAAACAAGUGUUGUCUUGUCCCGUUUCUAUCAUGGGAAAGUUUAGGGUGAACAACCCGCGAACAUUACGCCAGAGUCAGUUCAAGUGCAAAUGUGCUUCGGAGAUUGGGAAAGAUAGAGCAUACGCGAGGCAACCAGAAAUGGAGACAAUCUCAACUAUUAUUCGUGACUUCUUCUCCGAUGAUGGUACAACUAAUAUAGAAGAACAUCAAGAAUAGAUUAAUAUAUGUAAUGACAAUAUUUUAAUUACGCUUAGAAUAUUUUAUUGUGUGUAUUUAAUGUAGAGAACUGUGUGAGCUUUGAUUCUUCUCAAUACAUCGAGAAGAUACGUAGGCAGCUUAGUCGUGAUAACGCUAAGUUCAAGCUCAAAGUUAUUAGAAAAAAAUAAGCUACUAAGAUAAUAUUAUUAUUUUAUUUAGUAUGGAGUGACAUUGUCUAAAGUUUCUAUUAAUUAUGUUGUUUGAAUUUAUAUUUAAUUACAAAAAGUGUAUAUUGUGC